AUGUCAUCCCUGUUUUGCUGCGGUUCUAUUCAGCCGUUUCGGCCACAAUAUCUCAUACACCAAUCCAAGUUCACUACAUUCCUGGACUGGUCUGCCUUUCCCAAGACAAGCAGUCUUCAACGAGAAGUGAACAACUUGGAUGAUAUCAAGCCGGAAUGUGUGAUCCAGUUGGUCCGCCAGGUUAAUUACGGCCCGCUGGAGAGUACUCGCUAUUUCGUCAAGGUCGAUAACCGAGAAGAACCUUUCAUCGAGAUCGUUGAGAAGGAUCUCGUCAACGCCAAUUUCGAGAAAUUGAACUCAUACAAGAACUACAGAUGCGACGAGCAUAAUAAAUUCUUCGAAAUCAACAUUUACGAGAAGAAUCCCAUUAACAAACAUCAUUGGAGGGUGAACCUCGCACGCCCUGGCAGCUCUAUUAAUAUUUGGGGCUGGUGGUAG